UCUUGUAAUAACAAAAAAUUAUUUCAGUGCUCGUCGUAUAUCUAAAGUUGUAUAACCCGCCUUCCUUCCCUUGUGCGUGCAUUCUUCUUCCCAACCUUUUGUUAAACAAGAAAAAAAACCUUUCCUCCAUUGCCGCCAUGGGAAUUAAACGAGCUGUGCUCAUUGAUGAGCCUUUCCCUGAUCUCUUUUGUGGCCUAUGCCAAGGUAUUCUGGACGAUCCCGUUCAAGUUCGUUGUCCUGAAGAUCACAUGUUCUGUAACAGCUGUAUUAAAAGCUACUUGCAACAAAGCCGAACAUGUCCACACUGUCUGACCGACCUCGACCCAUCCCUGUUCCAGCCAUCCAAGUUCGUUCAACGCCAAAUUGGUCGAUUACGUGUACGUUGUCCAAAUCAUGAUGCAGGAUGCUCUUGGCAAGGUAUAUUAUCGGAUUCGCAUCCAAAUGAGUGUAGCUACGAGACAUGUGAAUGUCAUAAUGCCAAACACGGAUGUAAGGAACGGUUACGGCGGUUGGAUAUACAACAUCAUGAAUGUCCCUACGAACUUUUACCGUGUCCCAACAUGAUGCCCUUGUGUAAGCCGUUCUUCCGCAAGGACAAGGCAACUCACGAAAAGACGUGUCGAUCAUACCCGUGCCCAUUCGCAAUGGAAGGCUGUGCUUAUAUCGGUGUUCUGCCGGAUGUGAACGCUCACUGCGACAUGUACUGUGGAAAAUUACACAAACGUAUCAAGGACUUAGAAGCUGAAUGUGAGCGGUUAAAGGAAUGUAUGGCGGGAUGCACCAAUGGCAGUUGCAAUCAAAUCGCUCAGCAAACAGCUACACCGUCUUCAAACGCUAUGCAGUCAGCAGCAACAGCAAGUGCAGCAACAACAACAACAACAGCAACAACAACGGCAGGGUCUGGAGGAGAUGAUGAUGAUAUGGGCGGCAUUGACUUAUUGGAGCAAAUGUUGAGCGGUGCCGACAGUGACUAUUUGUCUUUGGGACUAUUGGGCAAUGUCAAUGAAAACAAGCCUUCGACCGACGCAAACGAAUCGCAACAACCAUCCUCAUCACAACAACAGCCUAACCAUGGAUCCCAUACACCGCAGCACGAUCAACAACAGCAGCAGGAACAACAGCCUCUGAUCAACAGCUUAUUGGAAAAUCCGAAUGGUGAUUUGAUGGAUUUAAGCGACUGUUUGUCGCCACUACCAUUCAUUUCUAAUAUCGACAGCAAGCAACCGCAGCAACCAAUACCAACAUCCAUUGCUGCACCCAAACGAUCUUCAAACGGCAAAAUCAUUCGAUAUAGCAAGAACGUCCGAUUAGCGCACAGCGCACUCCGCAUGGCACGACAGCAACAAAGCCGAUAUCUCUCGGAUAUGAAUCCAUUCGAUGCUCUUAUGGAGGAUUUAGACGUGGCUGGCAUCAAACCUGAUUAUCAACUAUUAUCAGAGCAACAGCAGCAACAACAACAUCAUCAUCAUCAGCAGGAGCAACACCCACAAGACCAGCAGCCAGCAGUACAAAAUGCACCUACACCUGCUUCCAUCAUCUCAACAUCGAGCCAACAAGACGAUAUCUCCAACUUGAUGGCACAACACUCACUUUCAUCUCCACAGCCUAAUCCAUUUUCAUUCAAUAAUUUGGAGGACGUACAAAAGUACUUGUCGGAUAUGGCACCUGUACCAACAGCAAGUGCAACAACAGCGGAGGACAGCAAAUCCAUUCCAUCAGCAACUUCACCGGCAUAUACCCCGUCAACUCAACCAUUGCCUCCUGCUCCUUCAACACCAGCUCAAAGCAGUCCAUUACGAAAUAGCAGUAGUAGUAAGACGAAUAAGCCAAGGAAACCCAAGGAGAAAAAGAACAAGAAGGCCACGGCUGCUGCUGCCGCUGCUGCUCCUCCAACUACUGUACUAGACGCUCGUUCACCGCAAUCAGUACGAUCACCACAGCCAUCGUCACCUAAUAGCACAGCAUCACCUGCAGAUGCUCCCAAAAAACGACCCAUGUUUGUCCUCGCAUCCAGUUAUUUGGCCAACUACGGAACCAACAAUAGCAACAGCACCACCACGAGCAUUUCUAAUAAUCAUAACAAUACUACUCCCAACCCCACUACUACUACUACCACUACUACUACUACUAUCAGCAACACCACCAAACAGCAAUCAUCAUAAAAAAAAUAUCACUACUACUCUACUGUAUAUAUGCAUUUUCCCUUUUCAUUUCCAAAAAAAGAUACUCAUCGCAUCAUCCACACACCAUCAAGAAAACAAGCACACCCCAACAACAAUACUAAAUAUACACUUUUAUAAAUUUUGGUUUCUAGCUUUUAUUAUUGUUACUAUAAUUAUUACAAUGAUGGGAUGAUGAUUACUUUUUCUUUAUGCAAACAUGAAAACAUUCUUUUGUGCCGUGCACAUUUUCUGUGCUCUUUCUGUGCCUACUAUCCGUUCCAGCUUUA